AUGGCGCCUUCAAGGUUUGACAACGGUACCGUUGGUACAAAUUACUCGAGCAUUCACUCUGCCGAUGCCUUCGUCAACACUUAUCAGAAGGUGUUGUACACGCCAGGAUCAGCCUCCCCACCUCUCGACCGCGCUCAGAAAAAGUCAACACGCUUUAGCAGAGCUACUUCUAUCAGAUCCCAGAAUAACAGCCAGUCAUUCAUACUUCCACAGAACAUUCCCAAUACUUCUCAAAUUGUCGCAGACCAAGGAUCCCUACCAGACGUCCGGGUUCAUUAUACCGUUCCAGCCGAUGAGAAACAAAUAGUUGCUUCUCUCCGAACUCUUCAACGCGACUUGAACGAGGCCAUUCAGACCAUCAACUCGUUGACUCGAGAACGAGAUGAUGCACUGCUGGAAUUGAGAAUGCUCCGAGCAUCGUCUAAGAAACAAACCACUCAGACCAAGAAGACGACGCGUGUCUCUUCUCACGAGCAAGAAGAAGAGUUGUUUGACUUGAGUCGGUCGAUAGAAUCCCCAGAGAGAUCACCAGCCAGGAGAGUCCCAAGCAAGCGGUUUGGCGACCCGAAGCAGAAUGCGAAGACAACAGUCUCAGAUGAUGCUCGGGUGUUGUCACCUGUGCAUAGCCAUGCGCCAAUUUCCCCGAGCCCGAACAAACGCCACGCCAGCGCCCCUGCCGGUAGUGCUCACCACAGAUCGCAACCGAACAAAAAGUCUGCUGUUAAUGACACAGAGCAGAGCGUCCUGGAAGGAGAUCCAACUGCAGCUUCCAAUACUUCUCGCCGCCGACGACAUCUGGACCUGGACGAGAACAUGACAUCCGCCUACAUCAUCCCAGAUAUCACCAUGAGUCAAGGGCAAGCACAGCCACAAGCACAAACGAACGGUGUGUCUAGAGGAGCACAAGAUGUUCUGCAUCGCCAUGACAGCGAGCACAUUCAAAGCUGCGAGGUUUGUCAGCGUCUCACGGGCUCGAAGAAGACCAAGCACGUUACACAUGCCAGCCUUAAAUCGACCCACUUCAGUUCAAACACAAACAAGCAAACUUCCAAAGUGGCCAAAGAGCAAGAUUUCACCGCACAAAUUACGCAGCUAAUGAAAUCCGCAAUGCUUGACGACCCCACUAUCCGACCCAAGAUUGCUCCAUGGCAUGCUCUCGCUAAUGUCAAGAAGCUGUUGACCGACCAAUUCGAAGAGGCCAAGCGCAAGCAUGGCAUCGCUUGGAAGACUUACGACGGCAUUGAUGCUCCGCUUAGUAGCAAGCGACAUGCAGCUGUCAGUGAGGAACUUUUCUAUUGGUCGCGGAAAAUGGAGGAGUGCAGAGUCAACCUGGACCAAUUGCGAGAUGUCGAGGAAGGUAUGAGAGGUGAUGAUGAAGAUUGA